UCGAAACUCCUUUGGAAACGUGCGCCCUUUUUUCUUUCACUCGACAGUUAUGCACUAACUCCCAAACUCACUCACUCAAUCUCACUGCCACAGACUCCUCAUCACUCUCUCUUCUUCCUCCUAACCCCCCAACCAAAAUAUACAUACACAUUUCUACAUCUCUACAUCACAUUUUGCAUUGUUCAAAUGAAGUUACUUCAUUGUCCUUCGAUCUCUACCUGCAAACCUAAACUCCAUUCCCAAAAUUAUCCUUUUUCGAGGAGGAACAGAGUUGAUUUUGUGAGUAUUGGAAGAAAAUCGAGGAUUUCAGUGGCGGUAGUAAAUGCGGCUGCUGAUAGUGGACGAGGAGCUAAAGCGGAGACUGCGGCCACGGCGGUGGUGGUGGAGGAGAAGCCGAUGGUGGAACGACGACGUUUUGAGGUUCUACCAGGGAAACCUUUGCCGUUUGGCGCUACUGCAACAGACGGCGGUGUCAAUUUCGCCGUUUUUUCGAGUAAUGCCACUUCUACUACUCUUUGCUUGAUCACUCUCUCCGAUUUACCUCAGAAGAGAGUGACCGUACAAAUUUCCCUGGAUCCUCUGGCUAAUAAAACUGGAGAUGUCUGGCAUGUGUUCCUUAAGGGAGAUUUCGAAAAUAUGCUUUAUGGCUACAAGUUUGAUGGAAAAUUCUCUCCUGAAGAAGGACAUUUCUUUGACUCUUCUCAAAUAGUGUUGGAUCCUUAUGCCAAGGCUACAGUAAGUAGAGGAGAAUAUGGUGUAUUAGGGCCAGAGGAUGAUUGUUGGCCCCCAAUGGCUGGCAUGGUACCUUCUGCUGCUGAUCAGUUUGACUGGGAAGGAGAUCUACCACUGAAGUUUCCACAGAGAGAUCUUGUAAUUUAUGAAAUGCACGUUCGUGGAUAUACAAAUCAUGAGUCGAGCGGAACAAAAUUUCCUGGUACUUACCGUGGUGUUGUGGAGAAACUUGAUCACUUGAAGGAACUUGGUGUCAACUGUAUAGAGCUAAUGCCCUGUCACGAGUUCAAUGAGCUGGAGUACUAUAGUUAUAACUCUGUAUUGGGUGACUACAAGUUGAACUUUUGGGGCUAUUCUACUGUCAAUUUCUUUUCUCCAAUGGGAAGAUACUCAUCUGCUGGUCUAAGUAACUGUGGCCUCGGCGCAAUAAACGAGUUUAAGUAUCUUGUUAAGGAAGCACAUAAACGUGGAAUCGAGGUUAUCAUGGAUGUUGUUUUCAAUCACACUGCUGAAGGAAAUGAAAAUGGUCCCAUUGUAUCAUUUAGAGGCAUUGACAACAGUGUGUUUUAUAUGCUAGCUCCUAAGGGAGAAUUCUACAACUACUCAGGAUGUGGAAACACCUUCAACUGUAAUCAUCCCAUUGUACGACAAUUUAUAGUGGAUUGCUUGAGAUAUUGGGUUACUGAAAUGCACGUAGAUGGCUUCCGCUUUGAUCUUGCUUCUAUCCUUGCAAGAAGUAGCAGCUUGUGGGAUGCUGUAAAUGUCUAUGGAAAUUCAACUGAUGUUGACGUGAUCACCACAGGCACUCCUCUCACAAGUCCACCAUUGAUUGAUAUGAUUAGCAAUGAUCCAAUACUUCGUGGAGUAAAGCUUAUAGCUGAAGCGUGGGAUUGUGGAGGCCUUUACCAAGUUGGCACGUUUCCGCACUGGGGUAUCUGGUCGGAGUGGAAUGGAAAGUACCGUGACAUAGUACGGCAGUUCAUCAAAGGCACAGAUGGGUUUUCUGGGGCUCUUGCUGAAUGCCUUUGUGGAAGCCCAAAUCUAUACCAGGAGGGAGGAAGAAAACCAUCGAACAGUAUAAAUUUUGUGUGUGCCCAUGAUGGUUUUACUUUGGCUGAUUUGGUGACGUAUAAUGAUAAACACAAUUUGGCAAAUGGAGAGGACAACAAAGACGGCGAGAAUCACAAUAAUAGCUGGAAUUGUGGUGAGGAAGGAGAGUUUGCAAGUAUCUCCGUGAAAAAAUUGAGGAAAAGACAAAUGCGAAAUUUCUUUCUCUGCCUUAUGGUUUCCCAAGGCGUUCCCAUGAUAUAUAUGGGCGACGAGUAUGGUCACACUAAAGGAGGAAACAACAACACAUAUUGCCAUGAUAAUUAUAUUAACUACUUCCGAUGGGAUAAGAAGGAUGAAUCUUCAUCGGAUUUUUUCAGAUUUUGCUGCCUUGUGACCAAAUUCCGCCACGAAUGCGAAUCACUGGGAUUAGAUGGUUUCCCUACGGCAGAGAGGCUGCAAUGGCAUGGUCAUGCUCCUGGAACACCAGAUUGGUCUGAAACAAGUCGAUUUGUUGCGUUUACACUGGUCGACAAAGUGAAAGGGGAAUUAUAUGUUGCCUUUAAUGCCAGCCAUUUGCCUGUAACAAUUACACUUCCAGAUAGGCCUGGUUAUAGGUGGCAGCCUUUGGUCGACACUGGAAAACCAGCACCAUAUGACUUCCUCACAGAUGACCUUCCAGGGAGAGAAACAGCAGCCAAACAGUAUUCUCAUUUUCUCGACGCCAACCAGUAUCCAAUGCUCAGUUAUUCAUCCAUUAUUCUUUUACUUUCAACUGAUAAUGAUGCUUAGUUUCAUUGGAGCUGGGCGAGGUAAAGCUGCUUCAGUAUCUAUAGCUGCAGACCUGCAGUGAGUGUUUUGUAAAUACAUGUGCAAAGCAGGAUAGACGGCAACUGGAUAGAAGAACUCGAGGAAGAAGCUGAUGGUUUUUUAAGAUACACCGAGUAUCAUAAUAGUAUUUAUGUAAGUUUCCCAGUUAUCUCCAAAUUAGUCGUUAUGAAGGAUAUUACCUUAUCUAGAACAGGAGAAAGGACCUAUUUUUUUGGGUAGAUUAAAAGAUUAAGGGGACCGAGCUUGAAAGUGAACUCGGUAGCACUGGCUUAUCCUA